UUUUAUUAAAGUGAUAGAACGGCUUCCGGUGUACCGGUGUUGCCCUUAAAAGCCAUUCCAAACACCAUAAAAAAUGACUUUUGCCCUUAAAAGCCAUUCCAAACAGGAUCUUAUAGUAGCCUUUUGUUUUUGCUUCAACAUUUUCAUGGCUCUUCCAAUCCACUCCUAUGAAUCGUAAACGAGGGAACAUUUGACUCUCUCUCUCUCUCUCUAGAAGCUCACGAAUCAGGCAUCGCGACAAUACGAAUGAUAGGCAAUUCAUUGGUGGGAUGCUCAAGGAAUCACAGGAAGCUCUUGCCUUGCAGUAAAAUGCUCUUUGAAUACACACUAUUUUCCAAUAGUUGCUUCAUAAUCUGCUGUUUUAUUCAGUGUGUAGCUUUAUUUAGAAGUGGAAAGAAGCCAUAGCUUGAGAUGUUUGCUUUGCUUCUCUAAAUUGCAAUUCCAAAGCUUUUGUUGCUAUCCAUACAGUUGCAGUCAUUAGCAUGUAUAGCAGUUAUCAAUUAGGCAAAGAUGGUGUAAUGGAUGCCCAGAAAGCUGAAGCUUCUAUACUGGACUGGAAUAUUGAGGCAAAAGAAGAAGAGGGACCAUCUUGAGGUGUUCUCCUCCUGUCUGAAGUGUUUGCUUGUCUUUCUCUGGAGGUGCCAGAGCUUACAUUUUUCAAUGGAGGAGAGGGUAGAAAUAAGCGAAGAGACCAGGAAACUUGCAUCUAUAGACUCCCUUCUGCAGUGGAGCCAAUGGCAGUUGCUUGAUUCUAUUCUUCCUACAGGUGGCUUUGCUCAUUCUUUUGGUCUUGAGGCAGCAAUUCAAGCUCGCACAGUCUCUAGGCCCGAAGAUCUUCAAGCUUUCGUGAUCAAUGUGUUGGAGAAUUCUGGAAGCCUUUUUCUUCCUUUUGUUUAUUCUGCAAUCAUGUCUCCCGAUAUGCAAAACUGGCAUAAACUUGACAAAAUUCUAGAUGCAACACUGACAAAUGAAGUGGCUCGUAAGGCAUCAAUUGCUCAAGGAUCUGCACUAAUAAGAGUAGCUGCAUGUGUGUUUUCGGAAGCCCCUUCUCUCAAAAUGAUGAGAGAUGCAUCUUUAGGUACUGGAGCUGUUUCUUUCCACCACGCUCCCAUCUUUGGCCUUAUAUGUGGACUUCUUGGGUUGGAUAGUGGAACUUCUCAGAGGGCUUACAUGUUUAUAACAAUGAGAGAUGUUAUUUCUGCUGCGACUAGGCUGAAUUUGGUCGGACCCUUAGGUGGAGCAGUGUUGCAGCAUCAGAUUGCGCUUGUUGCUGAAGACAUGUCAAAGAAAUGGAUGGACCGUUCGUUUGAGGAAGCAUGCCAAACUACUCCUUUGCUUGAUACGGUGCAGGGCUGCCAUGGCUACUUGUUUUCCAGACUCUUCUCCUCUUGAAAGCCUUUAACGAAAAGCCUAAUUAGUUUUUGCUUUCAUCAACUGAGCUGAUGCUUUUGGUGUUAGGUUGCUCACUUGUAAUAUUCCAGCAUGAUGGCACCGGUUUUUGCCCUUAAAAGCGGAGUGGGUGCUAGUUGUUAGCAUUGGCCUCAACCCAUGAAGUUUGUUGAACAUCAAUAAAAUGAUCUCAGCAUGUUGAAAACUCAGUGACAAAGAUUCAAUGCAUUCCAUGAGUGUGCGCGCGCGUGCGUUUGCUUGUUCAUGUACUGUAGCUUCUCUUUGAUCUUAUGGGAAACAGAAGUUAUAGCAAAUGUAAAUGUAUUUCUUUUUAUAGGAUUAACUUGACAAAGGUUGUUUAAGUGUUGCAUGUGUGAAGUGAGAUUGUUGAUUUAACAUGGAAAUUUCCAUGUGGUCCAUUUUCAAACUUUAUAUAGCUAAUGGAAAUACACAGUUUCUGUCAGGUCAA